CGGGACGGCCCACCACCUGUAAACAAACAUGGCAGCCAAAACAGAUCAGUGGGUGAGGAUAUUUGAGGUUGAGGAGACCCGCCGCCAUACUAAGGGCUACACUGUUUACAAAGUUAAAUCCACUGUAUUUCCUCGAAACAGUCCUGAAGCUUCAACAUCAGUGGUAGUUUGGCGGCGUUACUCUGAGUUGCGUCGGUUACACAAAGCCAUAAGUGAACUGCAUCAGAAGCUUGGUCUACAGGGACACUUGUCACCUUUUCCUCGUGCCACCGUCCUCAAUAG